AUGUCUUCACGACGGCGCACUUACGGGCUAGUCCUUCUGAGCUUCGUCCUCUUGCUCGUCUCUCGCCCUGCUGCGGCGCUGAGCAUCAAGAGGCAGGAUAAUACUACAAUCUCUACUGGUCGCGAGCGCGUCAGUAUCAAUAAGGGCUGGCGUUUCUGGCGCUCCGAGUUCAACCCAGAUGGCAUCAUCUACGAUCACCGCCCAGACUUGGAGAACCUCACUGACGUCUUCGUUCUGAAGCCAUGGAUUCUCCCCUCCGCCAACGACUUCAUCAACGACCCAGAGAAGCACCAUGAGCGCCCCGCUGACGAGCCCACCCGUAAUGUGUCCUACGCGUCUGCGGAGUUCGAUGAUGCGGCCUGGGAGACGGUGAACCUGCCUCACGACUGGGCCAUCAAGGGCCCGUUUUACACCGAACAAGAUCCCAUCAUUGGUGGUGGAAUGGGUCGUUUGCCCGUACACGGAGUCGGUUGGUACCGCCGCAGUCUGAAGUUGAACCCCGAGGACAGGGGCAAGUCCAUCUACCUCGACAUCGACGGCGCCAUGUCCUACGCUAUGGUCUGGCUCAACGGCUACCUCGUCGGUGGCUGGCCGUACCCGUACAACUCUUUCCGACUGGACCUUACCGAGUACCUCAAGCCCUGCGGGAACAACAUCCUAGCAAUUCGUCUUGACAACCCUCCCGACUCAGCACGCUGGUACCCAGGCGGCGGUCUUUACCGUAACGUCUGGCUGACCAAGGUCAGCCCGGUUCACGUCGGGCAAUGGGGGACGUUCAUCGUCUCCAAGGACGUCUCCGCCGGGUCCGCAACCCUCGACCUCGUCGUCGAAGUUGAGAACAAGGGCGAGUCGGAGCAAAAGGUUGAAGUAUCAACCGAUGUUUACACCCUCGAUUCCAAGACCGGCAAAGAGGGCGAAAAGGUAUCCUCGUUCAAAUCUUCCACAGUCUCCGUUGCGGCGGGUAGCAAAGCAUCCGUUGACGGCUCCUCGACCGUCUCGAAUCCCCAGCUCUGGGGCCCUCCUCCGAACCAGCAACCCCAUCGUUAUGUCGCCAUCACAACACUUUUAAUCGACGGAAAAGCCGUAGACACAUACCAAACAAGAUUUGGCAUCCGCUCCAUCACCUACGAUUCCAACAAGGGCAUCAUUGUCAACGGCGAGCACAUCCCCCUCCAAGGCGUAAACCAACACCACGACCUCGGCGCCAUCGGCGCAGCAUUCAACACCCGCGCCGCGGAGCGACAGCUGGAGAUCCUGGCAGAACUCGGCUGCAACGCGGUGCGAAUGGCGCACAACCCCCCGGCGACGGAGCUGCUGGAGCUGACGGACAGCAUGGGCUUCAUCGUCAUGGACGAGAUCUUCGACAGCUGGUACAGGAACAAGACAAAGAACGACUUCCACCUCAUCUUCGAAGACUGGCACGAGCCGGAUCUGCGGUCGGUGAUCAGAAGGGACAGGAACCACCCUUCCGUCGUCAUGUGGAGCUUCGGAAACGAGGUCUCGGAGCAGCAGAUUGGUGAGCCGGGGACGGUCCCGGCCGUGGAGCUCCGCGGCAUCGUAAGAGAAGAAGACUCGACGCGCCUGUCGACGGCGUCGAUGAACUACGCCAAGCCCAACAUGUCGUUCCCGACCGCCAUGGACGUGAUCAGUCUCAACUACCAAGGCGAGGGCAUCCGCGACACGCCAAACUACUCGCACCUGUCCGGCAUCAGGACGAACCCCCUCUACGGCGACUACCACGAGGCGUUCCCCGAGAAGGUGAUCCUGGGCAGCGAGACGGCCUCGGCGCUCAGCACGCGCGGGACGUACAUCUUCCCGGUGGUGGACGACGUCGGGGCGCCCGUCAACGAAACGUCGGGCGGAAACCAGACGAGCGGGUACGUGAGCGCAUACGAGCUCUACUCGGCCAACUUUGGCUCCUCCGCCGACAAGGCUUUCGCGGCGCAGGACAGGAACCCCUUCAUCGCGGGCGAGUUCGUCUGGACCGGCUGGGACUACAUUGGCGAGCCGACGCCGUACUACUCCGCGCGCAGCUCGUACUCCGGCAUAAUCGACCUCGCGGGCUUCAAAAAGGACAGGUUCUUCCUGUACCAAGCGCGCUGGCGACCUGACCUCAAGUUCGCAUACAUUCUCCCCCACUGGAACUGGCCGGACCGCGUCGGCGAGGCGACGCCGGUGCACGUCUUCACCGCCGCGGAUGAGGCGGAGCUCUUCCUCAACGGAGAGUCGCAGGGCAGACAGACGAGGGCGGAGUUCAAGUACCGCUUCCGCUGGGACGAGGUCAAGUACGCGCCCGGAGAGCUGAAGGUCGUGACGUACAAGGACGGUGCCGAAUGGGCAACCGAGGUCGUCAAGACGGUGGGCGAAGCGGCUCAAUUGAGGGCUGCCGCCGACCGGACAACCAUUGCGGCUGACGGAACUGAUCUUUCCUUCAUCACCGUGGAAGUACUGGAUGGAAAUGGAGACUUUGUUAGGUUCGCUGAUAACGAGAUCACGUUUAGCAUCGAGGGACCCGGAGAAAUCGUCGCGACUGAUAACGGCGACCCGACGGACCUGGUCGCGUUCCCUUCUCUUCAGAGGAAAGCUUUCAGCGGACUCGCACUCGCGAUUGUGAAGUUUGAGGAGGGUGCUACGGGUGAGGUUACUGUUACCGCGACUGGCAAGGGGUUGAAGGAUGCUGUGGUCACUUUGAAAAGCCAGUAG